AAUGAAGUCGUCCAUGUUGAAUUGUUGAUGUGAGAAUUGUGCUUUGUGAAUUUUGUAGAAAUAUCUAAUCGUCUUGUUUGGAUUAUAUUUUGUGCAAUUUAAAGUGAUGUCAACAUUAAUUCCGAUUAAUGGAAUUCAUUACGUUCAAGAAUAAAAGAUAUCCAGUACCCAGGUGCAGUGAUUGCGUGAAAGAAUUACUUUGGGAAUACGUGACUCUUUUAGAUAAGUACUCGACUCUUUUGGAUCAGUAUUCAGAUAAAGGAAGUGAUAGUCAGAAGAGCGUCAGCUUAUUAGCGAAUCAUCCUUUCUCAACAAAACUUAAAAGUGCAUCGUUAAUUAAUCUUGAGUCAUUCUCUGAUCCGGAAGAAAUAAGCAGUGACAGUGGCAGUCAGAAGAGCGUUAGCAUUUUGGCAAACUAUCCCCUCUCAAGUAAACGUAGAAGUACUUCGCUUGAUUUCGAGUCAUUCUCUGAUCACGAGGAAGAUAUAAGUCAGGAAAGUGUCAGUUUAAUUGCAAAUUGCCCCGUUUUCACCAAGUAUAGACGCAACGAAAAUGACCGAUGAAAUUGAUUAUUCAACUGCAGAUUUAGUGUGCUGCGAGUUUAACGGUGCUGAGGGUGAUGGCAGUGUAGCUGUGGGAUAUAAACCAUGGGUGAUAUUGCCUGAAAAUGAAGACGACUUUCAAAAAGUAAUAGAUGACUCCAUUCCAAUUACGAUUAAGUGGCCGAAGAAUGUAGAAGUACAACCACCUCCAAAAAUGGCAAGAGCAGUAGCUAAACAGAAGAAUUUGAAGUGGGAGCUAUGGCCAGGAACAAAAAUAUAUGGUGUUGGAACAAAAAUUAUCCGAUUCAAAAAGUAAAAAAAAAGAGCUCGCUGAUAAUACACAACAAAACAUGAUGAAUCUAAUGAACGAAAUUGAUGCUGGUAUUAUCUCAAGUACAGAAUCGGCGCAACCUGUUACGAAAAAACCCAUGCCAUGUGGUAUGAAGAAAGAACGGACACCACGUAAACGAUCAACUCCGAUCCCGUCUUCAGAAGAUGACGACAGCCACACCGAUGACAGCGACACCGACGACGACCAAAUGAAAAUCGAAGAAUGGAGAAAGAAAGUUUCUGUCUUAGAAGCAGAACUAUUGCUGGAGAGAAAAGAUAACUCUGCAUUGAAACAAGAAAACAAGUGUUUGAAGGAUGAAGUCAAAACGACCAAACGAGAACUCAAAGAAAUUAAAACGAUUGCAACAUCUCGUAAAUAUUUAUCGGAGAUGGAAGAAAAGCUGAAGGAUAUGCUAAAUCUAAUGAGGACUCCAGCUACUUCAGCAAGGCAGUGCGACGUGUCAUCAGCUGUUACACAAAAAUUGCCAUCGUCUGUUGUUGAAUUUACUCAAAAAUUGCCAUUGUCGGAUGUUGAAUCGACUCGAAACAAAUCAUCAGCUAACAUUUGCUCACAAUUGGGUUUAUCAUCAGCUGCAAUCGAGCUAUCAACAACUAACUCUUGUCAAGAAACUGUAUUUGACGAUCACAAAACCAAAUCUAUUUGUGACAAUCUCGUAUCUGACGGACUAGGAAACAAAGCUGAAGAAAAACCAGAUGAAAGUGCAGAUUCAGUUUUUAAUGCAGUGGUAUUCUUUGCCAAAUGUUCGAAAGUCAAUCUGAGUUCAUUUGUAAAUGAUGCGAUGGAUCGAAGUUUUGAUGAUGCGGAGAUGGCUGAAAGUACUAUCUCAGGAAAGGUGCCCAAUUUCUACAAAAAACACCCUGAGCUGGCACAGCCACGAAAACAAUUGGAUCCCAUAAAAAUCGAAAGAAUCAAAAACUACGCCGAGAAACAUUUUCCCAAUGAAAUGAAGCUGUUGAAUAAUUGCAUCAGAAACAAGUGUGGCAACGCGAAAAAAAAAGUUCAACGAAUGAAUAAUCAGUCGUCAUCGUUGCAGUAACCGAAGACUCACCGAGCUGAAAUGGAGCAAUAAUACUAAUAAAUAUGACUUUUUGAUUUA